CUACACCAUAUCUACAACAACAACAGAAGUUAUCAGACAGUCACAGUACCCAAGGACUACCAAAAGAAAAGUGUCAGGACGACAGAGUCUUCAGGUCAAUGAUGGUUCAAGACAAUGCUCAUAUUCGGCGGCGCGGUGCCCAGGACUUUAUGGCAAACUAUGACCUUGCCUGUGCCAGACAAGAAUCAGUCCCUCUCCCAGCUGUUAAGAUGCACCUUGACAAAGGGAUGUUGGACUUCAAUGGAGACAGGGUCAAACUCACAGACUGGCCACCCAUUCUCAACUCUAUCUGCAUCAACAAACAUCUGCACCACAUUGCAAUAAGUAGCACAUACCAAGCUAGUCUGACUUCUGGAGAUGCAGAUCGAAGGUACUAUAAGGCUAGCUUCAGGAAGAGGAUCCCCUCCAUUCGCUCUAGGGACACAACAUUUAAGUUGUGCAAGGCCCUGAGAGAGUGUUUGACUGUGUCUCCCAACCUCAAGACUCUGCAGCUCAACGGAAUUCAUCUGAGGGAGAGGGACCUCAUCACAUUGACAAAGGGUUUGGCAAAAAGUGUUUCCUUGGAAAACCUAUCUCUGGCUAAUUGUCCAAUCUCAGAUGAGGGCUUAGAGGUUAUUUGCCAAAGUGUGAAGUAUUCUACAACCAUCAGGACGGUCGAUUUUACAGGAUGCAGUCUCACCUGGAGAGGGGCAGAGCAUAUGGCCAGCAUCAUCAAGCAUCAGGGAAUGCAGAGGCAUGGUACUGCAUGGGCAGAGUCUUUGAGGUAUCGACAGCCACAGUUUGAGGGAAUGGGAGGUCUUCGCCGUGUCACCCUGAACUGUAACACUUUGAUUGGGGACCGAGGCGCUGCUGCUCUUGCGCAUGAACUGGCAGAAGACCUCUGGGUUAAAGCUGUGGACUUACAGAGAUGUGGUCUUUCCAACGAAGGAGCUCGCCGUUUGCUGGAAGCAUUGAAAACUAAUUCUGCUCUUUGUGUGCUGGAUAUUCGUAGUAACCCUUUAGUUGACAAGGUCUUAAUAAAAACUGUACUAGAGAAAGUACUGAUGAAUGCUGAUGGACAGUCACCAGAGUACUGCUGGAUCAAGCCUGCAGCCACAGAGACACAGCGAGCUUUUGGUCCAAAGAGGCGAGCACUGCUCAGUACAGUCAGAGGGAAAAAUACAUUCAGGAUAGCCUCUCGUAAAGGAACAUCUCCUCCAGAACGGAGGUCCGACAUUGCUCGGAAACAGAAACCCUAUACCCGGUCUGGUCAUGUUCCUUGGCGUGCUGCUGCACGAGCCGGACGCCAGAGAGGUUUGCCUCCUGGAGUUUGUGUGAUGGAUCAGAGCUUUCAGGGUGCAGCAACAGUGAAGGUUACUGUAGAGUCUGAUUCAGAGGGAGACGAGGAAGAGGUAGAGGAAGAGGAAGAGGAAGAGGAAGAAGUGGUGGUGGAAGUGGAACAGAGACCAUCUUCUCUUAGUCUCCAGGAUAGAAUCCCUGGACGGAAACUUGAACACAUACAGAUGGAGUUGAAAGAGUGUCGUCUGAGGCUCACAGAGGAGCGCAGAGCCAGACUGAAAGCUGAGUCGAAGCUCAUGGAGUAUGAGCUGGAAAAUGCCCGUCUUCGUAGCACCAACCUCUCCCUGUCAGAGGCGCUUGCAGCCACCGGCUCUGCAUCGGCACCAGCUGCUCUCAGUGCUCUUGAAGAUGAGGUUGUCCUUGAGAGCAUUGAGAGCUCAUUUACCAAGUUCCAUGCUUUCCUGGAUCUCCUCAAGGAUGCUGGUCUCGGUCAGCUAGCUUCUAUGGCUGGAAUUGACAAGUCAGAUUUCCAGCCUUUGGGAAGACCUCAGCUUUCCUCUACCGUAGGACCACACGUACAAGGUGCAGCAUCACUAACUGGAGGGGAGUAUGGGAAUGGUCUGGCAAAGACCGAUGCAUUGUCUUUGGUGGGUUGUGUCCUGGAUGCUUCCCCUGGUAAACCGGCUGACACCACCACUCCCAGACCUCCAUCCUCCGUCAGGGACUUUUUAUGUGAGGACAAGCGACUCGAUGUUACCUUCAAUCAGUCUUCUGGACCUGCAGGAGACCCUGGUACAGGUGAAAAAGAGGAACCAGAUAAAUAUUCACAGCCUUACAGCCAGCAUGACUCAGGUUCUGAGCACAGUUUCCGGAGCCAAAAAUCCUUUGAUAAGGUUUCCUUUGGUAAAACUUUUCAGACUCAGUCAAGUCACCCAAAGAGCAGUAGCAACUCUCACAGAAGCAACGGCUCCCAUGGAUACAGCUUCAACAACAGCUAUGCUCACAGUCACGCUUCCCUUAGCAACGGGUCCCAUGGUGGAUUGUCCGUAAGAUCAAGCGUUAGUGACAUUAUCAGUGACAAGGCUGAGUCUGUGGGAUCAGCCGGGUCAAGAAGAGGGGGAAAGGGAAGGCUAGUGACAGUGGGUCAGUCGGGGUCAGAAGGAUCGGAGAGGAGAGGCUUUCCCGGGAGGGAGACUCUGGAGCAGAUCAGAUCUCUGGGAGGGCAGUCAGACGAUGAAUCCUUCUGACCCACUGACCAGAGAAAUGUGAAAAGCUCUGCCCCUAAGAGUCUUAUCUCGGUGCCUUUUCUUUAAAGUUCUUUCUGUUACUUAUGUAGGUUCUAGAUUUUAUACAUCUCCUUUUUAAGUACAGAUUUGUUUUAAAUCUCUGGAAGAAGCAAGACAAGAAUUCGUACAUCUUCAAUAUCAGAUAUUUCAAUUAAAUAUCU